AUGUGGGAGCGAUACUGCCGCGGAGUCAACGCCAUUGUGUAUGUCAUCCUUAACCCGAAGGAAGGAGAAGAAGAAGAAGAAGAAGAAGCUAACUCGGCGGGCCAGCCUGCCGGCGGCGACGGACGAGCUGCACGACCUGGUCAGCAAGCCGACGCUGGAGGGCAUCCCGCUGCUGGUGCUGGGCAACAAGUCCGACCUGCCGGACGUGCUGAGCGUCGACGAGCUGAUCGACGCGAUGGAGCUGAAGAGCAUCACGAAGCGCGAGGUGAGCUGCUACGGCAUCAGCGCAAAGGAAGAGACCAACCUCGACGCCGUGCUGCGGUGGCUCAUCGCGCGGUCGAGCCGUUGACCAUGCUGUCGUCUGCCUUUCCUUGGUUAUGUUUGUUGUCCUGUCUUUCGGAGCAUGCUGUGUGUAAUACUAUCCUCGCUUUAAUCCAGUUUCUACGGUCUCUUUUCCUCCGUCUGCUCCCCCCUUUUUCUACAUCUUUCGUCUGCUCGUCUCGGACUCUUUUUUAUGCUGAGCUGGCGAUGAGCUGGCGUUGCAUGAAGGACAGCAGAAUAGAAGUAGCAGAAGCAAAGGAAGUAGAAGAAGUAGAAGAAGUAGAAGCAAAAGUGAACAGGAGAUGGAGUACUUCGUCAGUGGUGGAUAAGGGGGAAGUCGAGGUGAGCAGAGCAGAGCAGAGCAGAGCAGGCCCUCCCCCUGGCUGGUUCCUGCAAAAGCAGCUCAGCGAGUGGUUGGCUCAGCCAGAGCUGCAGGAACCCCUGGCUCUCUGGAGAUGA